UCGACCCGCCACAUGCCCUUCCCCAGGUGUUACCUUCCCGGCACCUCUCUCCCCCUCACCCGUUCGACUCGGUGGUCGACCCGCCACAUGCCCUUCCCCAGGUGUUACCUUCCCGGCCCCUCUCUCCCCCUCACCCGUUCGACUCGGUGGUCGACCCGCCACAUGCCCUUCCCCAGGUGUUACCUUCCCGGCCCCUCUCUCCCCCUCACCCGUUCGACUCGGUGGUCGACCCGCCACAUGCCCUUCCCCAGGUGUUACCUUCCCGGCCCCUCUCUCCCCCUCACCCGUUCGACUCGGUGGUCGACCCGCCACAUGCCCUUCCCCAGGUGUUACCUUCCCGGCCCCUCUCUCCCCCUCACCCGUUCGACUCGGUGGUCGACCCGCCACAUGCCCUUCCCCAGGUGUUACCUUCCCGGCCCCUCUCUCCCCCUCACCCGUUCGACUCGGUGGUCGACCCGCCACAUGCCCUUCCCCAGGUGUUACCUUCCCGGCCCCUCUCUCCCCCUCACCCGUUCGACUCGGUGGUCGACCCGCCACAUGCCCUUCCCCAGGUGUUACCUUCCCGGCCCCUCUCUCCCCCUCACCCGUUCGACUCGGCGGUCGACCCGCCACAUGCCCUUCCCCAGGUGUUACCUUCCCGGCCCCUCUCUCCCCCUCACCCGUUCGACUCGGUGGUCGACCCGCCACAUGCCCUUCCCCAGGUGUUACCUUCCCGGCCCCUCUCUCCCCCUCACCCGUUCGACUCGGUGGUCGACCCGCCACAUGCCCUUCCCCAGGUGUUACCUUCCCGGCACCUCUCUCCCCCUCACCCGUUCGACUCGGCGGUCGACCCGCCACAUGCCCUUCCCCAGGUGUUACCUUCCCGGCCCCUCUCUCCCCCUCACCCGUUCGACUCGGUGGUCGACCCGCCACAUGCCCUUCCCCAGGUGUUACCUUCCCGGCCCCUCUCUCCCCCUCACCCGUUCGACUCGGUGGUCGACCCGCCACAUGCCCUUCCCCAGGUGUUACCUUCCCGGCACCUCUCUCCCCCUCACCCGUUCGACUCGGUGGUCGACCCGCCACAUGCCCUUCCCCAGGUGUUACCUUCCCGGCCCCUCUCUCCCCCUCACCCGUUCGACUCGGUGGUCGACCCGCCACAUGCCCUUCCCCAGGUGUUACCUUCCCGGCCCCUCUCUCCCCCUCACCCGUUCGACUCGGUGGUCGACCCGCCACAUGCCCUUCCCCAGGUGUUACCUUCCCGGCCCCUCUCUCCCCCUCACCCGUUCGACUCGGUGGUCGACCCGCCACAUGCCCUUCCCCAGGUGUUACCUUCCCGGCCCCUCUCUCCCCCUCACCCGUUCGACUCGGUGGUCGACCCGCCACAUGCCCUUCCCCAGGUGUUACCUUCCCGGCCCCUCUCUCCCCCUCACCCGUUCGACUCGGUGGUCGACCCGCCACAUGCCCUUCCCCAGGUGUUACCUUCCCGGCCCCUCUCUCCCCCUCACCCGUUCGACUCGGUGGUCGACCCGCCACAUGCCCUUCCCCAGGUGUUACCUUCCCGGCCCCUCUCUCCCCCUCACCCGUUCGACUCGGUGGUCGACCCGCCACAUGCCCUUCCCCAGGUGUUACCUUCCCGGCCCCUCUCUCCCCCUCACCCGUUCGACUCGGUGGUCGACCCGCCACAUGCCCUUCCCCAGGUGUUACCUUACCGGCCCCUCUCUCCCCCUCACCCGUUCGACUCGGUGGUCGACCCGCCACAUGCCCUUCCCCAGGUGUUACCUUCCCGGCCCCUCUCUCCCCCUCACCCGUUCGACUCGGUGGUCGACCCGCCACAUGCCCUUCCCCAGGUGUUACCUUCCCGGCCCCUCUCUCCCCCUCACCCGUUCGACUCGGUGGUCGACCCGCCACAUGCCCUUCCCCAGGUGUUACCUUCCCGGCCCCUCUCUCCCCCUCACCCGUUCGACUCGGUGGUCGACCCGCCACAUGCCCUUCCCCAGGUGUUACCUUCCCGGCCCCUCUCUCCCCCUCACCCGUUCGACUCGGUGGUCGACCCGCCACAUGCCCUUCCCCAGGUGUUACCUUCCCGGCCCCUCUCUCCCCCUCACCCGUUCGACUCGGUGGUCGACCCGCCACAUGCCCUUCCCCAGGUGUUACCUUCCCGGCCCCUCUCUCCCCCUCACCCGUUCGACUCGGUGGUCGACCCGCCACAUGCCCUUCCCCAGGUGUUACCUUACCGGCCCCUCUCUCCCCCUCACCCGUUCGACUCGGUGGUCGACCCGCCACAUGCCCUUCCCCAGGUGUUACCUUCCCGGCCCCUCUCUCCCCCUCACCCGUUCGACUCGGUGGUCGACCCGCCACAUGCCCUUCCCCAGGUGUUACCUUCCCGGCCCCUCUCUCCCCCUCACCCGUUCGACUCGGUGGUCGACCCGCCACAUGCCCUUCCCCAGGUGUUACCUUCCCGGCCCCUCUCUCCCCCUCACCCGUUCGACUCGGUGGUCGACCCGCCACAUGCCCUUCCCCAGGUGUUACCUUCCCGGCCCCUCUCUCCCCCUCACCCGUUCGACUCGGUGGUCGACCCGCCACAUGCCCUUCCCCAGGUGUUACCUUCCCGGCCCCUCUCUCCCCCUCACCCGUUCGACUCGGUGGUCGACCCGCCACAUGCCCUUCCCCAGGUGUUACCUUCCCGGCCCCUCUCUCCCUCUCACCCGUUCGACUCGGUGGUCGACCCGCCACAUGCCCUUCCCCAGGUGUUACCUUCCCGGCCCCUCUCUCCCCCUCACCCGUUCGACUCGGUGGUCGACCCGCCACAUGCCCUUCCCCAGGUGUUACCUUCCCGGCCCCUCUCUCCCCCUCACCCGUUCGACUCGGUGGUCGACCCGCCACAUGCCCUUCCCCAGGUGUUACCUUCCCGGCCCCUCUCUCCCCCUCACCCGUUCGACUCGGCGGUCGACCCGCCAGAUGCCCUUCCCCAGGUGUUACCUUCCCGGCCCCUCUCUCCGCCUCACCCGCUCACCUUGGUGGUCCACCUGCCACAUGCCCUUGAUGAGGAACCGUCUCGUCGUGUUCCAUUUGGAAAUGAUGUAGUUGUUGUGAAUCAUAACCGGAGUCACCCAGGCCUUGACUCCCCCACGUGUUACCUCCCCAACUUGUUACCUUCCCCGGCCCUUCACACUCCUGCCCCUCACCUCGAUGGUCGACCCGCCACAUGCCCUUGA